CAAUCAGGGGAUCUGGAAUGCUCAGAGUCGUCAGAUUUCCCGCGCUUUCGUAGCUUUCUCCAGGCAUUGCCGUUGCUUUGCUUCGGCCAUGAAAAACCAUUCUUAAUAGAAUCAGACAGGAUCUAGGACUUCCCUGGUGUAGUAGUACACCCUGGUGUACUAUACUACUGUAUACACCCUGUUUAGAAGGCUGAUCGUUCCGUCGGUCUGCCUUCAGGUGACGCGGAAUCAUUAAUUGGCAGGCGGAACAGACGGACUGCAAUCAUUGAUUAGUUACCCUCUUGAGAAGCAGAUUCGUUAGUCUCGUGUCGCCGCUCAUGGCCCCAGCUGUCCACGUGUCGACGGCCCACGCGCUUAGCGCCCACGCAGCCACGUCAGCUGCGUCUAGGCCCUUCGCAGCCUCAAACGUUCGCCUCUCGGGCUUUGCGCGACGGACCGUGCAUGGAAUACAGGACGCGAAGCAGUAUGUCCGACUACGGGAAUCGAAGCAGCGUGUAGCGCGUAUUCGCCGCGGCGGGUCCGCGCCGGCGCCACGCGCCUCAGGUGGAGGCGAGCAACGAGCGGUAGAGACGAUCGCGAGAGAGGGAGAAACAGGAGGAUCAGAGUCAUGGGGUGAUAGUAACGGAGGUGACAGUGGCCCGAAUCCAGCCACAUUUGGGGCUGCCAGCUACGCAACGGCAUACGUUGCCGCACCUCCGUUCUCUCCCCGGUGGCAGCAGCAGCGGCGGCGCUGCAGGGCGAAUUUGCAGAGGUGGAUCGGCUGGUGGGGGUGAACCUGAAGCGGGUGCUGGACGCGUUUGCUGCUGCAAGGGUCGGCAGACAUCAUUUCAGCGGAACCACGGGGUACGGCCACGGGGAUGCAGGGGGCAGGGAGGCGCUUGACUCGGCCUUUGCUCAGAUCGUUGGGGCAGAAGCAGCAUGCGUGCGCGCACAGUUUUUUUCAGGCACCCACGCAAUUGCUGCUGCGCUCUAUGCUGUUCUGCGGCCUGGGGACGAGCUGCUGUCAGUGGCAGGGGCGCCCUAUGACACGAUGGAGGAGGUGAUUGGGCUCAGAGGCUCGGCGGGGCACGGCUCGUUGAGGGAGUUUGGCGUCAGCUACCGGCAGAUAGAGUUAACCUCACAAGGAAAGCUGGACUGGGAUGCGCUCAGCGCUCCAGGGGCGGUGAAAGCAAACACGCGCUGUGUGCUGGUGCAGCGGUCGUGUGGGUACUCACUACGAGAAACACUUACAGUGGAGCAGAUUGGGCGCAUUGUGGAGAUUGUCAAGGCGCAGAACCCGUCGUGCGUUGUGGUGGUGGACAACUGCUAUGGGGAGUUCAUCGAAGAGAGAGAGCCAACUCAUGUGGGCGCUGACCUUAUAGCGGGGAGUCUUAUAAAGAAUCCUGGAGGGACAAUAGCGCCAAGUGGGGGCUAUGUGGCGGGGAGGGCAGACCUGGUGGAGGCUGCUGCUGCAAGACUGGCUGCUCCUGGCAUCAGUUCUGGCGCAGGGGCAACUAGUGGCGAGGUGAUGCGGCUGAUGUUCCAGGGGCUGUUUCUCGGCCCUCAGAUGACUGGCGAGGCCAUCAAGGGCAGUCUGCUGGUAGCAGAGGUGAUGGCCAAUCAAGGCUUCGCCGUUCACCCGCAGCCGCGUGUGCGGCGAAAAGACAUCAUCCAGGCUGUCACCCUCUCAUCGCCCGCUCGCCUCCUCGCCUUCUGCCAGGCCGUGCAAAGGCAGUGCCCCGUUGGUGCGUACAUCAAGCCAACGGCAGGGGCCACUGCAGGCUACGAAUCUGAGGUGGUGUUUGCGGACGGCACGUUCAUUGACGGCAGCACCAUCGAGCUCUCCUGUGAUGGCCCCCUGCGUCCGCCCUUUGCAGUCUUCUGUCAGGGUGGGGCCCACUGGGUGCACUGGGCAAUCGCCCUUGAUGAGGUAUUGGCUGCCUUAAACGCCUUGUAAUAAGUUGUUAUAUGAGUUAUGGCUACAGAGAUGUAUAGCAAUAUUUUGGUAAAUGCUUGCAGUUUCGAAGUGGGCAUUUACGAAGCGCAAUAUGUCCCUUUCCAGAACAAGAGCAUAGAAUCAGCAUUAGUCAACCCGAACUGCCAUUGUCAACCUGACAUACCUACCUACUCUUUGAGCAUAGAAUCAUGCAGAUUUGUUCUUGUGAACUUGCUGAUAAGGUAUGCU